GCGUCAUUUCCUGAAGUCACAUGACAGCCUUGUUUCAAGCUCAAAACAAAAAAGCUUCAAAACAGCAGGUUUCAGGCGGAGAACUUUACCGGCUCUCUCUCUCACACACACUCUCUCUCUCUCUCUCUCACCCGGGCGAGUUAGUUUACUCACCUUUAGCCGGUUCCGGUUGUGACAUUUCCUAAUCCCGGAGGAGAAAAGCGGAUCCUGUCCGGAAUGGCCGGUUCGGUGAAGCUGAGCUCCGGAGGCGACAUGCCUCUGCUGGGACUCGGCACAUGGAAGGCGAAACCAAAUGAAGUGACUGAAGCUGUAAAAGCCGCCAUCGCUGCGGGUUACAGACACAUCGAUGGAGCGUUCAUCUACAAAAACGAGCAGGAGGUUGGAAAGGGCAUCCAGGCCAUGAUUAAAGAGGGUGUGGUGAAAAGGGAGGAGCUGUUUGUUGUCAGUAAGCUUUGGUGCACCUUUCAUCAGAAAUCAGCUGUAAAAGGGGCGUGUCAGAAGACUUUAAGUGACCUGCAGCUGGACUACCUGGAUCUCUAUCUGAUCCACUGGCCGAUGGGCUUUAAGCCUGAAUCAGAAGAGUUCCCGCUGGACAGUGAAGGUUUUACGAUCGGUGAUGACACCAGUUUCCUGGAGACCUGGGAGGGAAUGGAAGAGUUGGUAGACGCGGGGCUGGUGAAGGCCAUCGGCAUCUCCAACUUCAACCGAGAGCAGAUUGAAGCCAUUCUGAAUAAACCAGGCCUCAAAUACGUCCCAGCCAACAACCAGGUGGAGUGCCACCCUUACCUGACGCAGGACAAACUGGUGGCCUUCUGUCAGUCGAAGGGGAUCACAGUGACUGCGUACAGCCCUCUGGGUUCUCCUGACCGACCAUGGUCAAAACCAGAAGACCCAUCACUGUUGGAGGAUCCAAAGAUCAAGGCCAUCGCUGAGAAGCACAAGAAGACCAGCGCUCAGGUCCUGAUCCGCUUCCAGGUCCAGAGGAACAUCGCUGUGAUCCCAAAGUCUGUGACUCCGUCACGCAUUAAGGAGAACAUCCAGGUGUUUGACUUUGAACUGAGUGAUGAUGAAAUGAAGACCAUUUUAAGCUUCAACAGGAACUUGAGGGUGUGUUCCAUGCAGUGGAGUGUGAAACACAAAGAUUUCCCAUUUCAUGCUGAGUACUGAAACUGAAGUUUACUCAAGGAUUUAAAAAAAAGAAACAGCUUGGCCUAUGUUUGCUUUCCUUUUUCAAAUACUUGAGCUGUGAUUUUUGACUUCAGGACACGUCUUCUCUCCUACACAUCUUCCCCAUGGUUAUUAAAUCCUAAGUUAGCUUUGGUGUCAAAGUUCACUCACCUUUUAAACUGGGAUAAAAUGGUGUUAACCUUAAUCUUUAGUGUUUCUGCUGAGUUCAAGCCCAAAGAUUGAAAAUAAGACCUCAUACAAUGUAGAUUAAUAUACAGUAUUGUACGGCUGGAGAGCGUGGCAUGGCAUUGGGUAAAAUAUAUCCAGCACUUGGAGUAUAAGGGGUUUUUUUUUGGGUCCCCCCCCCCCCCCCCCACACACACACACACACACACAUGAGCCUUUCUACACCUUUUGUCAUUUUGAUUGUUUGAAUUUUACAUCACCGGUGUCGGAUCUUGCAGUUUUUGUUCUUGUUUGAAUUGACCUCGAUGGAGAACUUGAUGUUUUGCUGUGAAAAGUCCACCCGCCUGACUGCACUUGAAAUUCUUUAACACUUUUUUUUGGGGGGGGGGGCUCCAAAGUUAUUCAAAAUGCGCUGCUUGUUUGCACAAAAAUUUUUCUGAAUGAUUGAAAUGGUGAUAUCAGUGACAGUCAAUGACGAUGAAAUUUGUGAUGCGAAUCAGAUAAAAUGAGGCGUGAGAUGUGGAAAUGACUCCCAGCUCUGCGCCAGACGACACAACGUUAACCUCCCAACAAGUUUCUCUUUAUUUUUAAUUGAGUGUUUUGUAUAUUAAGACUCUCCAGCAGUUACUGAUGUGUGGAAUUUGUUUCUGCAGGAGCAGAGAUUUGAAGAUUGUCUGAAAUAAUUAUUGACCAGUUAUUGUUUUCAACAUGUUGAUGUGAUUUUUGUUUUGAACACUCCCUGUUUCUGAAGUUAGAUUUAAUUGUGUGGUGGGUUUUGUGGUUUUUUUUUUUUUUUUUUUUUUUGAUGAAGCAACAUAGUUUAUGCUUAAGCCAGAGUCCUGGGGUUUGUUCUGAAAUCAAUAAACUGACAGUCAAGUGUUAA